GCGACCUCCCGCGGGCGGGGCGAUUUGCUUGGCGGCUACUGGAGAGCCUGGGAGCUAUGGGUCUAUGUAUACUUCCCAUCAUUAGCCCCAGAGCUGGAGGUGGUAGGGAUUCCCAUGACCCCAUAUUCAUUGGUGUUCGAGGGCCCACACCGGCCGAGGCCUCGAGAGACCCUCCUUCGCCUGCGACAGUACUUUGACACUGUGCGACAUUCAGAGAUUACAUGGCAGCCAUGGGUGUCCCUGGGUGAUGGUCUCCGACUUCAGUAUACCGGAGCAUCGGACAUCUCCCAGUAUAGGGUCCUGCUCGAAGGGCCGGUUGGCAGGGCCUGGUUCCUGGGGGAACGCUUUUUGCGCCAGGUAUGGGGGUAUCUUUCUCAGGAUAUUCCCGCAGUACCCCCAGCCAGUAUGCGGACCGCUGACAGACUCUCUUACUCGGAGGUAGUCGGCGCCAUGCUGGGUACUGAUGCUUUGCUAUAUAUUGAGAAGGGAGACUACGCCACUUACCGUCACAUAUAUUUGAUGCCCCCAUUGACGGAAGCUCGUAUCCCGAUGAUGAGGCCUGCUGGUAUGUCAUCCUCGGGCCAGGCUCAGGCUCGGGCUGCAGACGCCCCUUCUUCUAGCAGGGCUGGUACAUCUAGAGGUGGGAGUAGACCAGUUCCUCCGGCUCCGUCGGUUCAUCCUCAUCCCGGAUGGCCAGAUAUGCCUACUGAGUUGAUGGCGUGGCAGUAUGGGGCUAUCUCUCCGACCCCGAUCCCGCUAGAGCCUCCGAUGCCCAGUGAUCGAUACGCCAUUGAUCCGGACUCACCGCCGCCAUCGCGAGGGUACAUGGAGGAGGUGGUUGGACUGGUGGCCACACUCGAGGGCAUGGUCCUGCGUAGGGAGGCACAGUUGUCUGUCGCGGGCAUUCAGAUGCCUUCAUGGUCCGGUCAGCCGCAGUCCAGGCCACCUGGGCCUCCUUGGGGAGUUGGGCCAUCUGGGCCUUUUCAGGGGGCGGGGUCAUCUCGGCCUUCCCGAGGAGCCGGGCCAUCUAGGCCUUAUCGAGGAGCUCGAGGAGGGCCCGUCCGCAGACGCCGGGCUCACGUUGUGGAGGUGGAGCCUGACGAGGAGGAGGAGGAUGCUGAGGAGGAGGAGGAGGCUACCGACCGUCAGUCAGAGACAUCUGCUGAGGAGGGAGGCUCCGAUUUUGGCUCAGGGAAUAGAGGCGAGGCCGAGGGGGAUCCUGAGGAUGACAGCUCUGACUCAGAUGGUGGUGCGGAGAUUGUCCCGCAGAAGAGGAUGAGGCGUGCUUCUCGUUCCCGCUCCCGAGGACUUUGAUGCUGCUAUUUCCUGCUUUAUUUUCCUUUUUUACUAGUAGUUUGUAGCACUUUGCACAUUGUUAGGCAGUUUUAUUUUUUGUAAAACUUGUU